UCAACUUUGCCGCUGCUAUUUGGAUCAAAAAGGCGUCAAAAGAAGCCAACUAUUAUGCUAUGCUCUCCAGAUGCCGCUCAUCUUCAAUCCCCACCGUCCACUUCAAACGACCGUUACGUUUCCCGCCAACCCCUCCUCCUGCUUCGUUUCAAACCAAUACAGACGCCCCAAAUCAUGCUCACCCAUUUCAUCAAACCAACUCGUCUUUCCCUCCGAGUCCACGCAGUGCCUUCACGCCGGUACUCGAAUCCGCCCAUUCCUUCUGCUCAAACGCCCUCAAAGUUUCAGCCAAAAUGGGUUUUCUUCCCGAGGGAAAACAAUUCCAUGGACAUGUGGUAAAGUUGGGUUUGCAUAACCUGCAGUCGCUGCAAAUUCAUGUCCUGAAUCUAUACGUCAAGUGCAAGGAAUUCAAUGAUGCACAGAAGCUGUUUGGUGAAAUGCCUGUGAGAAAUGUGGUUGCUUGGAAUACCUUGAUUUAUGGGCUUGUCAACUGUGGGAGUGAGUAUAAACCGAAUUUGUAUUUGGGGUUUUAUUAUUUUAGAAGGAUGUUGUUAGAAGCAGUUAGUCCGGAUGAUAUAACAAUUAAUGGUUUGUUUCGUGCUUGCAUUGAGUUAAAUGGUGUUGAGAUUGGUAGGCAAUUGCAUUGUUUUUUGGUGAAAUUAGGAUUUGAUUCAAACUGCUUUGUGGGCAGUGCUCUUGUUGAUUUUUAUGCAAAAUAUGGUCUAGUUGAAGAUGCAAGGCAUGCUUGAUUUCUAUUGUGCAGGGAUUUGGUUUUGUGGAACGUGAUGGUGAAUUGCUAUGCUUCAAGUUCUUUGGCUGUAGGGGCUUUUAGGGUAUUCAAUUUGAUGAGACUGGAAGGUGUUCAGGGGGAUCAGUUUACAUUUAGCAGUCUGCUCAGUUCAUGCCGUAGAUUUGGAUCUUGUGAGCCGGGAAGGCAGGUUCAUGGCAUUAUCAUUAGACAGGCUUUUGAUUCAGAUGUUCUAGUUUCCAGCGCACUUGUUGACAUGUAUGCAAAGAAUGAUAGCAUAGGUGAUGCUUGGAAGGUUUUUGAUGCAAUGCCCAUCAAGAAUGUCAUUUCUUGGACCACUAUAAUUGUGGGAUAUGGACUACAUGGAAAAGAGAAGGAGGCUAUUAAACUACUCCGGGAAAUGUUGCAGGAACACUUUUAUCCUGAUGAAUUAACUCUGGCAAGCAUUGUUAGCUCAUGUGGUAAUGUGUCAUCUACUACUGAACUUAUGAAAAUUCAUGCUUACAUGGUUAAAUUUGGGUUUGAUUUCUUUUCAUCAAUUGCUAAUGCUCUGAUAAGUGCAUACUCCAAAUGUGGUAGUAUGUCUAGUGCGUCUAAGUGUUUCAACUUGGUUGUUGAGCCCGAUCAAGUUACUUGGACGUCAGUUAUAUGCGCAUAUGCAUUCCAUGGUCUUUCCAAAGAAGCUACAGAGGUUUUUGAGAAAAUGCUAACUUACGGUACAAGGCCAGACCACAUUGCUUUUCUUGCGGUUCUUUCUGCAUGUAGCCAUGGAGGGUUGGUAAAGAAAGGGCUUCACUACUUUAGAUUAAUGACCAAUGACUAUCAGAUUAUUCCAGAUUCAGAACACUAUACCUGUCUAAUUGACCUUCUAGGGCGAGCUGGUCUUGUAGAAGAGGCUUUCACGGCUUUGACAUCGAUUCCCACCGAAGCUGAUCCAAGCACCUUGGGAGCAUUCAUAGGGGCAUGUAAAGUCCAUGGAAACGUAGGAUUAGCAAAAUGGGCUGCAGAAAAGCUUUUUGCAUUGGAGCCAAACAAGCCUGUAAAUUAUACUCUCAUGUCUAACAUCUAUUCUUCUGAAGGUCAUUGGGAUGAUGUAGCAAGAGUACGCCAAAUGAUGAAGAACAGUUGUGAUCAUAAAGCUCCAGGUUGUAGCUGGGUGGAGACUGGGGGUGACAUUCAUACAUUUGUUUCUGGUGAUGAAUCCCACCCGCAAGCACCAGAGGUGUAUUCCAUGCUAGGGAUGCUGCUCAGGUUUAUGAAGGAGAAAAGUUAUACGUCUGAUGCGAUGGUUUGACAAUGUUCUGGAUGAAUCUGCCCUUGACUGCCCUAUUCGGUCUGGAGCUCAGCUUUCAAAAUUGAGCACUUAAAUGAUUGGUAGCUCCACUCUGAUGGUGAUCAGCUCUCAUGGUUUCUUGUGAGGUCAGCACUAUUCAGUUCACAACUAGCUGUUGUUGACUGCUGUUGAGAGGAUAAAAGCUCGAAGUUGCAAUGUGAAUUCUUUAUUCUCUGGCAACAGUCACAUCAACAACUGGGGGCAGACAGGAUUAAUCUGAGAGGAAAAAGCUUAAACUGGAAGAAAGGCCUGUUAUAUGAAAGGCAGCAUAAAAGCAGAAGACAAGGGACAUUCAACUCACAACACAAAAAGACUUCAAAGCUAUGCAGCCUACCUUUCCUAAAUUCCUUUUGUAAUUCGACACCUUUGCAAUUGUAUUUACGGUUGAAGCUCUGGUACAUUGUUUGUAAUAUUGAUUCUUGUAUUAAAACUUUAUUUCAAAGCACUUCAGUUGCUAGCAAGAGCUUGCCUGACUAGCAAUAGAACUUGCCUGAAUAGGUUUAAACUUUGCCUGAUUGCUUGUAUUUCUCAUUUCCUAUCAAGUUAUUACUUCUUGUUGAA